ACUUGGGUUGCCGCAUGGAGAAAGGUCUAAUGGCCAAGGAAGAGUGGAGUAAGCUUGGAUUUUCUGAUCUAGCCGGCAGCAAAGUAGAGUCAUCGUGAAGGAAGAUAAACUAGGCUUGAGAGUGAAGUUAGUUCCGUUGCGCUGUGCUCAAGAUGUCCUGGCUACCAGCACCACGAGGAGGGCCACGCAUCGUCCUGGGUUGCACAGGGAGUGUGGCUGCUAUCAAGGUUCCCGAGCUGGCGCGGCGACUCAAGGAACGUGGAGCUAGUGUCAUCAUUGUGCCCACGGAGCGUGCCUGCCAUUUCCUGCGAUGCCAAGCCAAGGUAGACCCCGUAGCCAUGCAGCGGCCACUCAGGGUAGGGGGGGCAAGUGCAUUCAAACCUGUGGCCAAGAGCAUGGGCAAUGGGGAGAAGAGUAACGACAGUGCAGAAAUGAACAUUACUAACAGUGAAAUUUGUAGCCACUGUGGUUCAAGAACUCCUGCUAAGGUUCUCAGACCGACGGACCUCGAUAAAAGUGCCUUUAAGUCAUUGUACCCCGACCUGAACUUUGUGCUGGAUGAGGAUGAGUGGUCUGCUUGGCAAGGGCGUGGAGACUCAGUGCUCCACAUUCAGCUGCGAGAAUGGGCACAGGUCCUUGUGAUUGCUCCCUUGGAUGCCAACACCAUGGCCAAGAUGGCACAGGGGCUCUGCGACAACCUGCUUACCUGUAUUGUGCGAGCUUGGGAUGUCUCGAGGCCACUUGUGUUUUGUCCAGCUAUGAACACCCAUAUGUACUCCCACCCUCUUACCAUGAAGCAUACAGCCAUUCUUAAGGAAUUGGGCUACAUAGAAGUGUGUGUGAUAAGCAAACGGCUGGCAUGUGGGGAUGUUGGCCUGGGGGCCAUGGCAGAGGUGGACAACAUUGUGGAUGCAGUGAUGCAGGAGCUGCCAGGCGAGCACCGGGUGUCGCACGGCCCUUUCUAAUCUUAGGGAACCGCCUUAUUCCUCGACUUAGAAGAAUUUUCCUCAUAGUGAGCAUGGGUAGCAGUGCAUUAGUAAAGUAGAACUAGUUUUUUUCUGGUGAAAUUACUGAUUACUGACAUAGUUGGAUCAAUUAACCGUGCAAAAUGUAUAUAUAUGAUUACAGAUAGAUAAACGGAUGGACUGUGAAAUGUAUAUAUUUGAGAUGGGCGUUGAUUCAAAAAUAUGUAUACCAGGAAGCUUUGAAGUAAAAUAAUGAUCAUGAUUGAAGAGAGAACAGUAAUCUUAAAUCCCUUGUGUUAAAAGAAAUGUGAAGUCAAGAAAAUCAGAUACAUAAAGGCUGGCUAAAGUUGUAAAGGGAAGAUUUAUUUAUGAGUCAUUCUUUUCAGAUUAAAAGGUGUUUUAGUCCACAGGGGUUAGGGAUGGCUAAUGUGUGUUUAUGUGUUUGUCUUGAAGUAGCUGUGUAAGUUUGCAGAAUAAAGAAAAUCAGAAUAUUUUGAAGAGUAAAGAUUAAAAUCAGGGUAUAUAUCAUCAAUAUAUUGCCCUUUAUAACUUACUUGCUCUAUCCAAAUUUUCUUCAAGUAAACAUUAAUUUUAGAAAAGGCAAGGCAAAAGAAGAAUGCCUUCUUAUCUCUUAUUUAUCACAUAAAUACACUUCCCUUCCUCUUGAUAGAUUCCUUUUCAAUUUGGCCGGAGGUAGAAUAUAUACAUCAAAUGCAUCUAAACUGUAUAUUGAGGGUGUAUGGCUCCAUAGGUUGAUAACAGAACUUUCUUUACACUAGAUGCUGUCCAUCAUGCCAAGUUUUCACCAAUUUAUUGGAAAUGUAAAUAUAGAUAUAUACAAAGAUAAUUCCAAGACGAUUCUAGAGCUGGUUGCAACUGAAAAACAACAACUUUCUAAUAGACCAAAAAGCUAGUUCUUCUUUCAUUAAAUGAGCUUUAUUAGAUAGUUAAAACAGAUAUAGGGAUUCACUAAGAUGUAGGAAUAGUGUCUGUACUAGUCCUAGCAUUGAGUUCUGAGGUGAUAUUUAGUUUUCUAGUGUUACGUAAAGAGUACAUUGUAGUGGGGGUUUCUUUUAAGGUUUCUCCAGAGAGUUAUGUUGAUGCAUUUGAUUUCAUCUUAUCUUUGAUUUGUCUUUCUCUUGGUGUCAUAUAUUAUAUUUAUGAAUAUUAAUGUAAAUAAAGUAUUGCUGAACAUUUGUAAGAAAAAGGAAAAGAUAAAACAUUUUGAUAAUACUGUAGAUUAUUAAUGACAUAUAUAUUUACCUGACUCUUCCAUCAGGCUAGCAUAAGCUUGUAUUUUUGAAGAGAAAGAGGCACAAAGUUGUCUUGGGAGUAUCGGUUUGAAUUUUACUAUGCAUAUGCAUUGGAAAACAUGUAUGUAAAUAAGCUGGACAUUUCUUGGCUUGAAAUGUCAUAUAUUUCGUGAAUACUUCUGAACGAGUGCUAGAAGUU